UAUAGGGUAUAAAAAGCCCCAAUUCUCCUCCCUCUCUUUCUCUCUCUACUUUCUCUCACUCUGCAUCGACGCACUCACAGAACUCUUCCAGAUUAUAUAACCAGUCAUCGAUCAAAAUCUUCUGAAAUUCAAGUUUCUGGCAGUGGUAUCAUUAGAGAAAAAUGGCGACUUUUGAGCUGUACAGGAGAUCGACGAUCGGGAUGUGCUUGACGGAAACUCUGGAUCAGAUGGUUUCUGGUGGAGUGCUCAGCCCGGAACUCGCCAUUCAAGUUCUUAUUCAAUUCGACAAGUCAAUGACAGAAGCUUUGGAAAAUGAGGUGAAGAGCAAGGUCUCCAUUAAGGGGCAUCUUCACACCUACAGGUUCUGUGACAACGUCUGGACCUUCAUCCUACAAAAUGCUCAGAUCAAAAGCGAGGAAGGCCAGGAAACUGUUGAGUCUGUCAAGAUAGUCGCAUGCGAUUCGAAGCUGUUGACUCAGUGAAAAAGACACAAGGAUGGAAUUCUUACAUGGAGUUUCCAUAUUUAUCUGAUGAAAUGGGGCUAGAGAAAAGAGAAACUAACAAAACAUGGGAGUUAAAUCCAUUUGUACACUGUAAUGGCUCGUGCCUUGUAAUUGUGUCGAACCCAGUUCUUCCAUCUUCCUCCCCCUCUCUUGCUUUGGGUUAGACUUGUCUUCGUUUCUUGUGUGUUCCUUGAUUUGUAUAUCUUGUGUAAUUUCAUGUGUUAUCUUACUUGGAUUGGGAAUUAAUACACCUCUCUGCUCUAACGUUAGUAAGUUCAA